AUGAGAGAUUUGGGUCCACUUAUAGGUGCUAUAGACCAGGGCACCAGCUCCACCAGGUUUCUGGUAUUUGUAGCCCAAACUGGAGAACUCGUAACCUAUCAUCAAAUUGAGAUAAAAAGAGUGUUUCCCUACGAGGGUUGGGUAGAACAGGACCCCAUCGAGAUCUUUGAAUCGGUUACCGAAACCAUAGGAGUAGUGGUCGAUAAGCUUCAUAAACUAGAUAUCAAUCCCAGAGAUAUUAAAUGCAUUGGAUUAACUAAUCAGAGGGAAUCGUGUCUUGUUUGGGAUAAAGUAACCGGCCAACCCCUUUACAACUGCAUUGUAUGGUUGGACAACAGGACGAGUGAUAUCGUGGACACAAUUCUUGACAACAUUCCGGGUCGUGAUCUGAAUUGGCUUAAGAAGAAGACAGGUCUUCCCAUAUCCACAUAUUUCACGGCAUUUAAACUUAAAUGGCUUAUAAAUAAUGACCAAAAGAUUGUGGAAUCCAUCAAAAGUGAUCGCAUACUCGUGGGAACUGUCGACUCGUGGCUCUUAUGGAAGCUGACGGGAGAGCACAUGACUGAUGUGACUAAUGCCAGUCGAACACUGCUUAUGGAUAUUGAAACUCUGGAAUGGGAUAAGACUUUAUGCAAAUUCUUCGAGAUUCCUAUGCAAAUAUUGCCUCAAAUUAAGCCUUCAUCCGAUCACUUUGGGACCAUCAAGAUUGGACCCCUUGUCGACAUACCCAUUACAGGAGUAAUUGGGGAUCAAAACGCUGCACUUGUAGGCCAGCGAUGCUUUAGCAUUGGUCAGGCAAAAGUGACAUAUGGGACUGGAUGCUUUCUUAUCCAGAACAUAGGUCCCGGACCCAUUCACGGUGCUCUCAGUGGUGUCUCCAAAGAAGCUAAAAACAAGUUGAUCACAACCGUUGCCUAUAAGUUAGGCUCAAAUCCUGCGUGUUAUGCAUUGGAGGGAAGUGUUGCCAUCGCUGGUGCAGCCAUUACUUGGCUCAGAGAUAAUCUCGAACUCAUCCAAAAUUACAGUGAAAUUGAAGGGAUCGCCAAACAAGAUGUGAGCGCUGGGGGACUAUUCUUUGUGCCCGCACUCCAGGGUCUUUACGCGCCGUAUUGGGACGCCAACGCCACGGGCACUAUAAUCGGUGUCUCGCAGUUCAGUCGAAAGUGUCACUUAGUUAGGGCUACUCUGGAAGGGGUUGCCUUUCAGGCCAAUGACAUACUAGCGAUGAUGCGUCAGGACAGGAGUGGCAUCAAAGUGGACGGCGGUAUGAGUUCUAACGACUUAUUGUGUCAAAUGUUGGCCGACAUAUCCGGGUGUCAGAUAUUGAGACCUAAAUUGACAGAAGCGACCGCUUUGGGCGCAGCCAUGAUUGCCGGAUAUCACAUGGGGCUCUGGAAUAUGAACGACCACGACCCUGAUCAAUUGGACUCACAUGAGGGUCAUGCAAAUGAGGGCAUUAUCGGACAAAUUACAAGGAGAUUGUCAUUCAAUAAGGAGAGUAAUACAACGAAUCGCAAAAAAUAUGACAUAUUUUGGCCACAAUCUGAUGAACAGAACCGAAUCGACAGAAUCAAUACGUGGAGAAUGGCUGUCAAUAGGAGUCGCAAAUGGAUUCGCGUCGAGAAACAGGAGCUCAAGAAAAUCAAUUAUAAGAGGCUUUCGGCCCUUCCUUUCAUGUUCUUUGUGUUGAUGUCAUUCGGAACACAUAUUCUCAGUGCUAUUCAGUGA